AGAGUGACGUUUUUAAACGCUUACUAGCAGAGAAAGAAAAGCAAAUCAAAGACCAAUUCAAUGAUCGGUAUUCAACUCCAAAAACCCUCUCCAACUACUCCAAUACUACGUCCUAAAACCCCACAAGUUAGUUUUUUCACUCGACAAAGCUAUCUAAUUGUACUAUUUUGAUGGAAAAUAAUCGGCUUGAUGCUCAAUCAGCAGCAGAGAAGGCGGUGUCUGUGAUUGGAUUUGGAUAUGAUUUGACUAAAGAUAUUCGAUUGUCAUCUUGCAAGCCAGGUCCUUUUGGGUCGAGAUUGAUCGAGCUAGACCUGGCUCGAAACCAAGAGCUUUUUGUUCCUGGUGGGGUUAUUGUUCAGAACGUGCCUAAUGGUAUCAAGUGUGAUAAAGGGGAGCGGACUAGGUUUCUCUCUGAUGUUCUCUCUUUCAAUCAGAUGUCGGAGAAAUUCAAUCAGGAAAUGUGUUUAUCAGGUAAAAUUCCCUCGGGACUGUUUAAUUCCAUGUUUGACUUGAGGGGUUGUUGGCAGAAGGAUGCGGCUUCUGCAAAAAAUCUUGCCUUUGAUGGUUGGUUCAUAACACUAUAUAAUGUUGAGUUGGAAAGGUCCCAUAUAACGUUGUCUGAAGAGAUGAAGCAUGAAGUGCCUGCAACAUGGGAUCCUGUUGCCCUGGCUGAGUUCAUUGAGAAAUAUGGUACUCAUAUUGUUGUUGGGGUAAAGAUGGGAGGUAAAGAUGUGAUACACAUAAAGCAGCAACAAAAAUCAAAUCUUGAGCCCCCUGAAGUGCAGAAAUUGUUAAGGGAAUAUGCUGAUAAGAGGUUUUCAGGAGAUGCAAACCCUGCUGAAUUAUCAGGAAAACCAAAGGAUGAACACAUUAUGCAUUGGGAUUUCCAUGGAGUAUUUGCCCAUUCGAGUAGGCCACCUGUCAUUACUUCCAUAAAGAAUGAGCAUAUAACGAGCAUUUGUAUCCGAAGGGGAGGUGUGGAUGUUGGCCAAAGCCAUAACCAAUGGCUUUCAACUAUAUCACAGUCGCCAAAUGUUAUUUCAAUGUCCUUUGUGCCUAUAACAUCUCUUUUGAGUGGUAUUCGAGGCAGUGGAUUUUUAAGCCAUGCGGUGAAUCUCUACCUUCGAUACAAACCUCCAAUAGAGGAACUCCACCAGUUUUUAGAAUUUCAGUUGCCUCGGCAAUGGGCUCCAAUAUAUGGUGAUCUGCCUCUUACUCUCAAGCGCAGAAAACAAGCAACUCCAUCGCUUAGGUUCACCAUCAUGGGCCCUAAGCUUUAUGUCAAUACCACACAGGUUGAUUCUGGAAAUCGGCCAGUAACAGGAAUCCGGUUAUAUUUGGAGGGUAAGAGAAGUGACCAUUUGGCCAUCCAUCUCCAGCACCUUUCCUCUCUUCCCAAUAUGGUCCAACUCUCAGAUGAUCUCAGGCAAGAGCCUAUUCAUGAACCUGUAGAACGAGGCUACUUUGAACCAGUUAAUUGGAGCAUAUUCUCACAUGUCUGCACUGCUCCAGUGGAGUACAAUGAUGCCCGCAUUGAUGACCCUGCUUCCAUUGUCACAAAAGCCUGGUUUGAGGUUAAGGUUGUUGGGAUGAAGAAAGUUCUGUUCCUGAGGCUUGGAUUCUCAAUGGUGGCAUCUGCAAGACUCCGCAGGUCAGAAUGGGAUGGACCUUCAGCCUUGUCACGAAAAUCAGGGGUCUUCUCGAUGUUGAUUAGCACAAGGUUCAGUGCAGGAUUGAAUCCACCUGAGAAGCCAGUGAAAGUGGACUUAAAUUCUGCAGUUUUUCCUGGAGGCCCCCCUUUACCAUCUAGAGCACCGAAAAUGUCGAACUUCGUGGACACAAAGGAAAUGGUGAGGGGUCCAGAGGACCCGCCUGGAUAUUGGGUGAUCACUGGAGCCAAGCUCUGUGUGGACGGUGGUAGAAUCUCAAUUAAAGUCAAGUAUUCAUUGUUAGCCAUAAUGUCGGAGGAGUCGAUGAUGUUCAUGUAAGAACAUGCAGAAGGGAACGAAUGUGUUCAUUCGUACAGUUGUAACUGUAAAUGAUAACAAUGUAAUUUUCUUAAAAUACUAUUCCGAAGGAAAUCAGAUUCGUUAAAUGUCAA